CGCGGGCGACGGUCGACGGUCGACGUUGUUAACCUCCCGUACAGAUAUACACAUAUAUAGAUAGCACGAACGACUUGUGUUGCGCACGGUUCCCUUCCGCUUGCUUAGAAAGGAGUGAAGGAGGUGAUAGGUAGGAGCUACUCUUGGACGCGGGACGGGACGGGACGGGACGGGACGGGACGGUGGGUUGGGUUGGGUUGGGUUGGGGUGUGUGGUAGCUUACCGUCGUCUUCUUUGUUGGGAAGUGCCGUAGAGGUCAAAGAUGGCGGAAGCGACGGAUCACGGUGCAGUUAUCGAGUUAAUUUCAAAGGAGGAUUUCGACAAGGUUCUCGAAAGAUCCAACAUCGAGGGCAAAGCGGUCAUCGUAGACUUCACAGCAGUGUGGUGUGGCCCAUGCCGCAGAAUUGGCCCUCUGAUCGUAGAACUGUCGAAGAAAUAUCCCAAUAUUAUAUUUGUCAAAGUGGACGUGGAUCACGCAGCGGAAUUGUGCGAAAUUUACAAAAUAGGUGCCAUGCCCACUUUCAUCCUUCUGAAACCUGGAGAGUCUCAGGUGGCAGACCCCAAGACACAGCUGGUUGUGGGUGCGGAUACCACCAAGCUGCAGAAGAUGGUCGAAUUGGCCUGUGCUGUUGCUAGCGCAUAGAAAAAACGUAGUAAAAACAGAGAGAAAUUUGACUCCGGGCAGAAAGGGACUGAGUGGGAGGCACGGUGCGGGGUUGAUGGGUAGGGGAGAGGGGGGAGUUGGAAGGUACACUAUCCUUGUCCAGUCCCAAUCACAUUUGCAUCUCCAAUCCAGUGUAAAAUUCUGCUACGAGGUGUUGUACAAUGUGUGUGUGUGUGUGUGUGUGUGUGUGAGAGAGAGAGAGAGGGGUAAAAGUUUUCAGGUAAUGAAUGUGUUUUGCUGAA